UCCAAAACCAAUAUUCAAAUCUUUUCAUUUGUUUUUCUCUUGAUGGCUUCGUUCUUGAAUGUUCUAAGGGAGGUUGUGGGUAUCUUGAAUGAAUCUCGCAAACUCUUUCUCAAGAACAAGAAGUUGAUGUUCUGUGUCUUGGUAUUCCCUAUAUUUCUCAAUGGUGUAGUUUACUUGUUCAACGUCUAUGCCAUCAAACCCGAGAUAACAAGCUUGAUUCAAGAAUCUAGUUUGUUACCUAUGAUGGAUCCAAGCACCCCUGAAUACUUAGCCCAUCUUAUGAAAGUCUUUGAAGAUUUUCGACAAUUUGUAGUUUAUUCAUAUAUAUUUGCCGCAGUCUGCUCCAUCUUCAACCUUUUAUCGGUUAUAAUCAUCGUUCACGCUUCGGCUCUUACUUAUAAAGAAGACAACGUCAAGAUCAAAGAGUUCCCGGCUCUGCCACUUAAAUCUUUGAAGGGACCUCUUGUGACAUAUUUCUACAUUGCUCUCUUCACUCUUGGCUAUUGGUUUAUCUUUUUGAUAAUCCUUUUCCCUCUUCUUUUGUUAUCUACAAAUUUUGGUUCCUUGGCAGCCAAGUCUGGGGCUUUGUUUGUUCUGUUCUCAGUGUUUGAGUCCUAUUUAGCUAUCGUUUGGUACCUAUCUUUGGUCAUAUCGAUCCUCGAAGAAACUUAUGGGAUCGAAGCUUUGGGGAAAGCUGCAAAGAUUGUUAAAGGGAUGAAACCGAAACUAUUCAUAUUGAAUCUUUUCUUUGGUUUAUUGUCCUUUGGUUUUGCUCAGAUAGUGAGGCGGGUUGAUUUGAAACGUUCGUUGGCAGUUACCUUAACCACCGGUUUGGUUCUUAUGAGUUUGAUCGCUGCAGUGAGGAUGUUUCAGCUUGUGACCUACACUGUUGCCUAUUUCCAAUGUAAGAGCCUCCAAGGCAAGGACGUUGAGUCGCUGAGGGAUGUUGAAUAUACGAAACUAACCUCCACUGCGCUCAUAGGAGCAUUGCCUUGAAGUAUUUGAAUACAAGUAUAAAUAUAUAUGGUAUAGUCUCAUGAUUAAACUAUACCUCUCAUGAAUCUUAUUUUUUUUCUUCAAAGUCUCGUGAAUGGAAUGUUUGUUUGCUUUGGGAAUUGGUAAGAUGUAUAUAUUAUCGAUAAUCAGAUGUUUGGUUGAAUAUCUGAGCAAAUAUUUGUUGGAUAUUUAAGUGAUUUUUUUCAACCAUUAAAGUGAAGAAGUUUAGAUGAACAAUUGUAAUUGUUUGUAAUUAU